AGGCGUUGUAUCGUUUCAAGCCGUUAGUCCACGACGUUAAUGCCAUUCCCAUGAGGUCGUUUUGCUUAAUGAAUUCACGCUGCACAAACAAAGUAGUUUUUUAAAUUUUGCUAACUUUAGCCAGCGGUGCUAGCCGGCUAUCGUGGUAGCGUGUAAAAACAAUCUUCAGCAAGCACGAAUUAACACUGGCCGUUUUACACAUCAACCGUCAAACUGCAAUAAGAGAACCACACUUAAGACUUGAUUUUGAGAUCGCAGCAUUUCAGCUCCACGGCCGCAACUCAAGCAGGUUGAUGCGAUCUAGAUUAGUGGGAAACUAUAACGCUGGAUGAUAAAAAUGCUUAUAAUGCUUAUAUUCAUUCUUUAUCAAAUAUGGCCGUUUGGGGUUCGAACUGUAUGUCCUCGCCGUGUGUUUAUUUGUCAUCAGUUGGUUUCCAUCAUGACCUCUAAACGUCACAAAAUUGUUUUAGUGAUUUCUCACCUUUUUUCAGUUUUCUAGCGUAUUUAACUGUGACCGUUACUGGGAACAGCAUCUCUCGUGUGAAAGCCCCUGAAGCCCUGAGUUAUAAAACAAUCACUGUUGUACUAAGAAAGCAGUAAGGCUACAGCUACUACUGGACAACACCAUCCAAGCAGACCCAGGCUUGGGUGCUAGAUCUGAGACUGUCACCAGUUAGAUAAAAUUGAGCGGAGCAGAGUGGAUGCUGAUGGGGGACGAAAAAGAGACUUGGAAAGUUAAAACACUUGACGAGAUACUUCAGGAGAAAAAGCGCCGACGAGAAUUACAAGAGAAGUCAGAGCCCAAGCGCCUUAAGAAUAACUCCCAGGCCCGUAAUUCACAGGCGGAUGAUCGUAAAGCCAAACGAGAUACUCCGGAGGAAGGAGAACUUCAGGAACAAAGGAUGGAAAUAACAAUUCGUAACUCCCCAUAUACACGGGAAGACUCGACAGAAGACAGGGGAGAGGAAGAUGACUCUUUAGCAAUAAAGCCUCCACAGCAAGUAGCCAGGAAAGAGAAGUCUCAUCACAGAAAGGAGGAAAAGAGAAAAGACAAAAGACGGCAUCGCAGUCAUUCAACCGAAGGAGGGGGUAAGCACGUUCGCGUCAAAGACAAAGACAGAGAAAGCGAACGCAGGAAACGGCAAUGGGAAGAAGACAAAGCUCGGCGAGAUUGGGAGAGGCAGAAACGAAGAGAGCAGGCCAGGCAGCACUCACGCAGAGAGAGGGAUCGACUGGAACAGCUGGAACGCCAACGUGAGCGGGACCGAAAAAUGCGGGAACAACAGAAAGAGCAGCGAGAGAUGAAGGAUCGUGAGCGGAGGGCUGAGGAGCGCCGUAAGGAUAGAGAAGAUCGAAGGGAUGUACCGUCUCACCAUCGAAUGUUACCAGACGAUUACGAAUCCAAACAAAGUCACCGCAGUCGCAGCCCUCCCCGGGCUCCUCGCGAAAGACCUGAGUCCAAUGACUCUCGGAAAACUGCGGGUGAGUUCUGUGAUAUUUUGAUGUCACUGUUAAAAUGUUUGAUGCUAAAACCUGUCUAUUCAUCAUUUGUAGCACCAAAGGAGGAGAAGCCAGACAUCAAAGACCUCCUUGCUGACCUGCAGGACAUCAGUGACAGUGAGAGGAAGACUACCUCUGCUGAAUCUUCAAUGGGAUCGGGCUCAGAAGAAGGUGAGGGUGAGGGUGAAGGUGAAGGUGAAGAGGAGGAAGAGGAAGAAGAGGAGGAGGAGGAGGAGGAAGAAGAGUCCAGCAGCCAGAGUCAGGGCGAAGAGGAAGAAGAGUCUGGCUCCGAAUCAGGCGCAUCUGAGCACAGUGCUGAGGACGUCAGUGAGGAUGAUCAGUCUGAAGAAGAAUUUGAAGAAGAAAGAGAAAACGGGAAUCAUGUAGCCGCAUUGCCUGAGUCUCGUUUUGACCAUGACUCAGAAGAGAGUGGUGAAGACAUGGAGGAUGAGGAAGAGGAUGAUACUGGCGAUAACGACCCGACACCGCAGUCCCAGACACACUCUCGAUCCCCCACUCCUGAAGAAAACUACGUCCCAGACUCGCCUCCAAUGUCCCCAGUGGAGCUGAAGAAGGAGCUGCCCAAAUAUCUGCCUGCGUUACAGGGUUGUAGAAGUGUGGAGGAAUUUCAGUGUCUGAACAGAAUAGAGGAAGGAACGUAUGGUGUGGUUUACAGAGCCAAGGACAAAAAGACAGAUGAGAUUGUGGCGUUGAAAAGACUGAAGAUGGAAAAAGAGAAAGAGGGAUUCCCCAUCACUUCUUUAAGAGAAAUUAAUACUAUCCUGAAAGCACAACAUCCAAACAUCGUCACAGUGCGGGAAAUUGUAGUGGGGAGCAACAUGGACAAGAUCUACAUUGUGAUGAACUACGUCGAACAUGACUUGAAGAGUCUGAUGGAAACAAUGAAACAGCCUUUCCUGCCAGGUGAAGUUAAGACUCUAAUGAUUCAGCUGCUUCGAGGUGUCAGACAUCUACAUGAUAACUGGAUUCUACACAGAGAUCUGAAGACGUCCAACCUGCUGCUCAGUCACAAGGGAAUCCUGAAGAUCGGAGACUUUGGUUUAGCCCGGGAGUAUGGUUCCCCGCUGAAGCCCUACACCCCCGUAGUGGUGACACUGUGGUACCGAUCACCAGAACUGUUGCUGGGAGCCAAGGAGUACUCCACAGCUGUGGACAUGUGGUCAGUGGGCUGCAUAUUUGGCGAACUCCUCACCCAGAAGCCACUUUUCCCUGGAAAAUCUGAAAUCGACCAAAUUAACAAGAUAUUCAAGGAUUUGGGGUCACCCAGUGAAAAGAUCUGGCCUGGAUACAACGAGCUGCCCGCCGUGAAGAAGAUGACUUUCACAGAGUAUCCCUACAACAACCUGAGAAAGCGCUUUGGUGCUCUGCUGUCAGACCAAGGCUUCGACCUGAUGAACAAAUUCCUCACUUUCUGUCCCAGCAAGAGGAUUUUGUCGGAUGACGGCCUGAAGCACGAGUACUUCCGUGAGACGCCCUUGCCCAUUGACCCGUCCAUGUUCCCCACCUGGCCAGCCAAGAGCGAGCAGCAGAGGGUGAAGAGAGGCACCAGUCCCCGUCCCCCAGAGGGAGGCCUGGGCUACAGUCAACUGGGGGACGAUGACCUCAAAGACACAGGCUUCCACCUUACAACCAGUAACCAGGGUGCAUCUGCUGUCGGACCUGGAUUCAGCCUCAAAUUCUGAGCCUGCUUUUCAAGCCAGGAAAGAGAUGGUCGAUCAAGACUGUGGAGUUUACUCCAUCUGAAACAUCAGAACUGCUACCACUCAGUCAGGACUGUCUCACAGCACGGCCAGUGGUUUCAACUCAUUUCUGGCUUGCACCAUCCUUAUAAAGCAUGUCUUCACUGUAAAUGGCGCAGCAUUUAUCUUCAUGUUUGAAAGGUUAUUUGUCAUUUAUUCCUCCAAUAUGAUGAGCGAGGUCCUGGAUGAGUAAGUGGCUGGUAUUUCCUGGCUGCUGCAGCUACUGUGUACUGUGUUGGUUUUGGGAAUUCUCCCGGGAUCGUCAGCCCAUGACAGAGGACGAUGUUUUUUUAGGAAUAAAGUUUGUAAUUCAGUAUUGUCUGCAGUUUUCCUUCAUUAAUAAACUGUCACAGGCAAGCAAACGCAAGUGCAGUCUAGCAGAGGAGAAAAAAUGAAGGGAAGUCUCCCCUUCUUUACGUCGUCCAACUCUGAUGUCAUUCGCCGCGCUGCACACUUUGUCUCUGGACUUUGUUCUCUCAAGCAAAUCGAGGCCCCAGGCUCAGCCUCCUGCUUCUUCAUGGCUCUUGAAAUAAACCAAUAAAUUCUUUGAUUCUGAGCCGAUGAAAAUAAACAGUACAGUUUACUUUCCUGGAAGAAACGUGCGACUUUCGCUGGAACACACAUCCCCUCCUCCACUUCAGGCCGGAGCACAUGGAAAUGUUCAUCCAUCUUUUUUAUCUGUUCUCUGCCCCCUAUGGUUCUCGUGUGUGGAUUGUUACACCUGAUGUGCUGAGUCCACUUGGAUGGUGAACUCCUGGUGGAAAUCGUUGAAUCUGGAAGCAGACUGCUGGCAUUACUGCGAGGCUAGUAAAGUAAACUAGACGUCUGAGGCGUUCCAGAUGCAGGGUUAAGGUCCAAGUUCUUCCAGAAGCUGCAGACAACUGCUUGGUUUCGUUGGUGUGUGAAUAACUGAAAAGAAUCCACUACUCCCAAGUGAUUCUAAAAAGAUGCUCAUGUUCAUUGUUUAUUUGGUCUUGUUCUGGAAUGGAGCACGACAUUGCUUUAGCUGUUACUUUACAUAAAUGUACGUUUUCAGGAAGAGAUACAAAUUAUCUA